AUGGAGGCGACGAGGUUCGAUUGGGGCCUGUUCAUCGUGCCGACGGAGACCAACCCCGACGGAUUGUGGCCCGAUGAGCACCGGCACUGCGGGUUCUACGAGCUGAAGGGCCAGGUGCUGGCCGAGUUCAGGCUCAGGCCGUGGAUCCUCAAGAUCACCUGUAACGCUACGGACGUCAUCAACACUCUGACGCUCACGAAGAUGCGGUUCGACCCGCAUAGGACGUGCGCCGACGCCGUCUCGCUCGUGCGGAGUCGAUUCCCCCACGUGUCCGCCUGGGAGGAAUACGAUUGGGGUUUGUAUUGGAAUAAGGGCAAGGGUGGCGGAAGCACCAUGACACAGAAGUCGUCUAUGGCGCCGGACUCCCCCAUGUCUCCGCUGAAGAAGAGCCGGCGAAGGACCACCAUUACCAAGAAGGAAAAGAAGAAGCUGGAGGAGGAGCAGCAACAGCAGCUCAAGAUCGCCGCAGAGAAGGAGAAGCAGGAGAAGGAGAAGGAGAACCCUGUUCAGGAGGAGGGGGCGUGGCUUGUGGACACCGAGCGACUAGCCGCCUAUGCCGGACUCUACAUGUCUGACGAUCUGUUGGAGCUGAAGAUGAAGGGCAUGGGUAUCAAGGUCAAGAUUCUCUCGCAGGAGGCCGUCGACUUUAUGCAGUUCGACCCCAUGCACAAGGUGGAGGACAUCCUCCGCGACAUGGCUUCGCGCGUCCUGCCCGACAGUGAGAAGAGGAACUACAUGAACUACGGCCUGUACCUGCAGCGAGCGAAUCCCGACCAGGAGAGCUCAUGGCUGCAGGAGGACAAGAAGUUCAACGCCUACAAAUACGGACCCGAGGAUUGCCUGUGCUACCUGGUACGAAGGAAGCCGAUCAUGGUGCUCGUGUACAGCGAGAAGGUAUCGGCGCAGAUGACCAAGAACGAGAAGUACGCCACCUUUUCGCGCUCCGCCUCGCGGCUGUUCAACAAGGCCCAGAUGCCCAUCUACACACACUUCCCGGUGGACUUCAUGGUGCCCGUGUGCGAGGUCAAGACCCAGAUCGCGUCCAAGGUUAACGCCAAGGGCGAGGAGUACGAGCUCUACUACCGCAAGACCCCGGACGAAGUCGCGCUGCUGGACGAGAAGCUGUCGCUCCACGCACAGCAGGUAGAGGCCUACUCUCGUCUGCUCUUCGUUAAGAACGGCGUGUUCGCCUCGGUGGAGGAGCUGGCGGGAGCCACGGGCGACAAGGAGGAGGAGGCCAAGGCCGCCCAGGGACCCGGCGGCGGCGGCGGCGACGGCGAGGAGGGCGGCGAGGAGAUGCCCGACGAGAGCUUCAAGAAGCUCGCCUUCGAGGAAGGCUCUACGACCGAGGUCAAGGCCGGGUCCCUCUCGUCGCUCAUCGACCACCUCAUCGAAACGCCCAUCUACGAGCCCGAGUACACGAAGGCGUUCCUACUCACGCAUCACGCGUUCACCUCGUCGCGGGUGGUGCUCGACUACCUGCUCAAGCGCUACCUCACCUGCAGCGAGGAGAUCGAGAGGGCGUCCCUGCCGCCACCCGCCGAGGAGUCCAAGGGCUCCACCACCCCCGAGAAGAAGGACAAGAAGGACAAAAAGAAGAAGAAGGAGGGCGAAGGAGCCCCCACUCCUCCGCCACCGCCAGAGGAAGCCGACGGCAAGGGCAGGGCGGAGAAGACGCAGCGGCGUAUCCUGUACCUGCUCAAGGUGUGGGUGGACGAGUACUUCUACGACUUCUACGACGAGGACCAGCUGCUGGAGCGGUUGAUUGAGUUCCUCAACCAAACAAUGGUCAAGGAGGGCGGCACCUCGUCCGCGUUGGUCCUGCACCAGCGCAUCCUCCAGUCCAUCGAAUCCAACACGAUGGGCACCGGCGCCAAGGGAAAGCAGGUGUCGAUGGAGUUUGCCCCGCUGCCUCGGGUGCCUCGAUCGUUGGAUAGGCCAAAUUGGUUCAUCGUUGACGAGGUGGAACUCGCGCGUCAGCUCACCAUCCGCUCCUACGAGCUCUUCGCAGCCAUAAGGCUGUUUGAGUUCUUCGGGCAGCCGUGGUCCAAGCCCUCGACGCAGCACCUGGCACCCAACCUGAUGGCCUUCAUCGAAUACUUCAACAGCAUCUCGCGCGCUGUUUCCACCGCCCUCCUCCAACAGAGGAAAAUCAGAGAGCGAGUCAAGCUGCUCACGCGCUUCAUCCGUACGGCGGAGGAACUGCGCGACCUGGGCAACUACCACCUCCUCCAGGCGUUCAUCGCCGGCUUCAGCAACUCGGCCGUCGCCCGGUUGCAGUGGACCAAGGCCCGCCUGCCCAAGACGUCGGCCACUGCGCUCCAAGAGCUGGAGGAGCUCAUGUCGAUGAACUCGUCGUUCAAGCAAUACCGAGUCAGGCUCACCUCGAGCAACCCUCCCGCCAUCCCCUACAUUGGCGUGUGUCUGCAGGAUCUGACGUUCAUCGAGGACGGCAACCGAAACAAGGUGGAGAACCUGAUCAACUUCUCCAAACACAAGCUGGUCUACGGGGUCAUCUCCCUCCUGGAGCGGUUCCAGAAGACCGGCUACAACCUCCAGCGCGUCGAGGAGAUCCAGAACUUCCUCAAGGAGCCCGUCCAGCUCGAUGAAAAACAACUGUAUAGCCUUUCUCUCAAGGUCGAGCCUCGUAACGCUGGACGGUCAGACAUCCAGUAG